AUGCACCUAAAGCUAGGAGCUAGAUUGGCAGUCCUGGUCGCCAGCCAUGUGGCAGCUCUCUCACAGAUAACAGACGGUGAGAUGGGCGCACUCUUGGAUGCAGGCGGCGUAGAUCUAGCGGACCGCUACGCGCCCAUAUGGUUCUUUGGCCAAGCGCUGAAUCAGCCACCCUGCUAUCCAACCUGGACGUAUGGCGGAUCACCAAACACGGCGGAUGUAUAUGACGAUGCCCACAGGACACCAGCCGCACCUCAGUGCGAUUACCCAGACGUUGGGUGCCAUUGCCGCAACCCUGGCGUUAGUAUCGGGAAUGCAGGGCCUGCAUUUCCCAUUUAUUAUACAUACCAGAAAUGCAGCGAUACCGAGGUGCGCGUCGUGUACAAUCUCUUUUAUGAGAAAGACGGCGCAGAGUUUAUUGGCAUCGACACCGGGCAUGACUACGACUGGGAACGGGUAGUGAUCGUCCACUCUCGGGAUGACAGCAACAUGUGGGCACCAUCGCGCGCUCUGCUCUCUGCGCAUAGCGGGUAUCACAAUCUGGCCUGGGGUGAUAUCCAAAACACCCUAACGACGGAUGAGGUCAACGCUGGAAAUGCCAAAACUCCGAACGGUGUAAAGAACAAUGACCAUCCCAAGGUGUAUGUGUCGUGGUCGAAGCAUGCUCACUUUGAUACUCGCAAUACCGGGUGGAACGACCCGGCGAGUCAGUCACUGGAUAAUGCAUUCCGGAGCGAUGAUUGGUGGCACUUUGUCGAGCCACAGUACUAUAUCCGAGCCGAUGAUAGUACGGAGGCUGGUAAGGUUAUUGGGGCUGCUGAUUGGGGUAGUGCAACUAGUGACCCGGUGUCAGUGCAGUCUGGUGUGUGUAAGGCAUCAUAG